AUGAGUGACAAAUGCGACGAAGAAGUGAAAGACAACUCAAACGAUGACAACAAUCACAAGAAUGACGACAUUGUCUUCAAUGCAAACGAAACGAUAUUAAAAUGUGCCGAAAAUGGAGACCUAUUAGGAGUUCGCGAGUGUCUGGAGAGAGACCCUCGUCUGGUGCUGGCAGUGGACAGCGAUCGCUAUACACCACUGCAUCGGUCGUCGUAUAACAAUCACAUCCAAGUCAUGCGAUUACUCAUCCAAAGCGGUGCGGAUGUGUCCGCGCGGACGACCGACGGCUGGACUCCACUUCACUGCGCGUCCAAAUGGAGUCACGUGUCGGCCGCGGAUCUGCUCAUCAAUUGCGGCGCCGAUAUCAACGCGGUGUCCAAUGGAGGCAAUACUGCUCUCCAUUUGGCCGCCAAUCACAACAACCGACCGCUUGUGGAGCUGUUCCUCUUCAACGAAGACACGGACACCACUCUCGCCAACGAAAGCGGAGAAACCGCUUAUCACAUCGCGAAGAGGUCUUCGCCGCUCUACCAGUUGUGGCACUAUUUGUAA